AUUUUAUUUCAUCAGUCGCCACUCACCAGGCAAGAAACCGGUACCAGCUACAAAAAAAUGAAGCCUUUCCUUGCGCUUUUAUUUCUCGCAGUGGGCGUGCCCGCUAUCCUUGCCGCGGGCAAGUCCCACGCAUUGAAAGAUGGCGGGAAAGAGGUUGCUGUAAAGUCCGGUCAACUCAUAGACUGGUAUUCGUGCGCGGCGCAAGGCAAUUACCCCGAUCCGACGACUUGUGACCAUUACAUCGCUUGUACCACGGCCCUCCUCGCGUAUCAAAUGCCUUGUCAAAUGGGACACUCUGGGAGACUUUGGUACGUUCGAGAUUCCGGUCCAGUGGAGGCAGAGUCUUACUGUGACUACCCGGAAUUGGUGGACUGCAAAUUGUCGCCUGCUACCACUGAACCACCAGCCCCAACGGAUCCAACCACAACCGAACAAACCACCACCAAAGCGCCCGAAACAACGAAUGCUCCACCCACUGGUGGUUCUCCCUCCUGCGAAGCUGUGGGAGUCGUCGUCGAUGCGGAUUGCGAUCCCGCCGUAGACUGCCACCAGUGCGGUUACUGCGAUUCUUACCUUUACUGUCCCGAGAAGGGUAAUAAAUGGACAGUGGGUAAUUGCGAUGAGAUACCGGAACCAGAUGGAACCGUCCUAGUUGCCAAGAAACUUUUCUGGAAUUCGGGAUCCACCGAGCACGGGGGUACCUGCGACUUUUACGACAACUUGUCACAAGACCAGCAGACAAAAUAUCGACAGGAUGGCAACUGCAAGCCAAUCUGUGCCUUCUGGGUGGAUCCAUCGUGCGACAGGAAGUAUUGGUAUACCGAUCCAAACCUGGCUAAUGGUAUUUGGAAGGAUAAGGCCGAUAUGUUUUGGUGUCCGGCUGGAACCAGGUUCGACGAAGGGCAUGACACCUGUUCAUUCUGUGACGAGGGACAAGCCUGCAAUGUCGGUUGUUAAUUAAUGAUACUAAAAAUUUGUGCCAAAAUAUAAAUUAUUGCAAAAGAAAUACAAUUAAUUCUUGUAAAAAAGGUA